AUGCCAUUGAGUGGCGUCGGCGUCCACGAGACGGCGAUAUUAAAUGCAAACGACGGCAGGAAUGAUGUCGACCAAAACGACGACCGAAACAACGAGUUCGCCUCGAUUAUAAUCCAAGCGACCUCGACGGUACUUGGCGUGAGUGUGGAUGAGAUCCAUUACACCGCAGAUACCAUUACCUUCAUCAAGCUUGGAGGCAACUCACUAUCCGCAAUCCUCAUUUCUGCAGAAUGCCAAAGAAAAGGAAUUUUGAUACCGGCGGGCGUAUUCUUGCGGAUAUCAACCGUGAAAGAGGUCAUAACAACAGCUACGAGCUUGGCUCAGCGUAUAUCAAGACCUAUACCUACAAUUAUGGUAACGGGGGAUACCAGCGACGAUGUCAACGAUGAUAUUAGCGGCGAUGGGGCAUCAUCUAUAUAUACCGCGAUCACGGCACCGGACCCGGAGACGGAGACAGAAGACUUGUCUCUAUUUAGUUGUGGAAAGGAGGCUAUCACAGCAGAAAGCCUCCUGAGUAAAAUCGACACUACCGAAUGGACGGAACCGCAGCUGCUUCUUCUUCGGGAAACCUCUCAAAAUCACAAGUUAAACAUAUUGACAAUAUACGAAUCCUAUACAGGCGAAUGGAAUGCUCAAGACGUCUGCGACGCCUGGUCGAAUACGAUCCUAGCGGAGCCGAUAUUCAAGGACCUCCUUCGCGACUUAGAUGUUUUACCGCAGCAACUUUUACUCCGAGAGAUAAUUCAGGUUGAGAGCGAGGACGAUUUCCAGAGAGAGAUUCGUCAUGCUGUUCACGCUACCGGCCCUAUAUCCAAACUCACAGUCGUACAAUCCCCUUCGCCUUCGGCAUCGGCAUCGGGGGAAACGGCGAAUUCUACUGCUGUCAUCUGGCGCAUACACCAUGCGUUUAUGGAUGGCUACUCUGCUCGAAUUCUGCGCGAUAAAAUUACUCGCACCUUGAAAGGAGGGGAGUUCGGCGUCCCUGCAGGCCCAUCAUUUAGGGAGAUGGUACAUUCGCUGCGAGUCUUACGAGAAGAGAGAAGUGAAUCCACAAGGCGCUUCUGGGAUAAAAAACGCGAGCAGUUUCCCGCCGCAGCUGGCGAGUUACGCUUGAGUCCGCAAAGCAUAGCCAAGACCGCAGAGGUCCCCCCUCAGAAAUCUGUUACAGUUCAAUUUCCCAGCGAACAGCUAGCAGAAGCCGUAACGCGGACGGGAUAUACCACGACGGUGUUCUUCGCCGCAGCGUGGGCUCUGACACUUGGCAAAUUCGUGGAUGCGGACCAGAUCUGCUUCGGAGUGGUCUUCUCAGGGCGCGACUUGCCGGUUCCAGGAGCUUUUGACGUCGUUGGUCCUCUGAUUAAUAUCCUGCCCCUGUUUGUACAGGUACCAGCCAAAGGCGACGAGACCUCUGUCGAAACCUUCCUACGGCAAAUACAUGGUGACAUUCUUGACUUGAACAAUAUCCAACAUUCGGACACUAAGGAGGGAUUCGACAGGAAGUUCCACUCCAUCAUGGCUACGCAGUUCGAAUGCCACGAAGAGGAGGUCCCAAGCACAAUGCCGGUAGAUCGAAACCGACCCGAUAUGCGGACCGGAAUUCCUCUGAACAUCGUUAUUGAAGAAGACUGUCGAUUGCAAAUGCUGUACUCUACUGCUCACUUUGCAGACGAGGACAUGAACAAUCUACAAGCUGUGUUCAAAAACAGCAUGAACUGUCUUCUGCAAGGAAACGAUGAUACAAGUCGAUUAGUAUCGAGCGUGAAUAGUGCUCUAUUACCACAGGAUAUGGAGAAGAUGAUCAGAGACUGGAGUAACUGCGCCUCCUUGGAGACAUUGGAUUCAUCCAAGGGGGACGAUCUAGUAACGCUCUUCGAAAACGUCGUAGAGAGACAACGGAACGACCCGGCGGUUAUUCACGGUGAACUCGAGGUAUCUUACGACGACUUAGACCAAGCGGCUGCCAUCGUAGCGCGGAAAUUAAGCUGGAUUGAACCCAAUGAGGCCGUCUGCGUCUACGCCGACCGAUCGGUAAACUGGCUCGUCGCCAUCUUCGGCGUGCUAAAGGCAGGCGGAGUGUACGCCCCGUUGGAUCCCUCAGCGCCAGUGUCCAUGCAGCAGGCGAAUUUCAUUCGGAGCGGGGCGCGUGCCGUGCUUGUUCCUUCACGAGCUACAUCUCAGCGCGUCGUUUCAUCGCGACAGGAAGAUGAUGAUGAUGCAGCUCCGUUCCAAUGUCUACUAUUGGGCGUUGACGACCUGCUCGCAGCAGACAGCGCCCAGGCGCGCAAUGGGUUCUCGGCGUAUUAUUAUUAUCCAAGGAGGCGUAUUGCCCGCCCGGAUGAUCUCGCCUAUAUCUGCUUCACGUCCGGAUCGACCGGCCAGCCCAAAGCCGUACAAUGUACUCAUAAGGGCCUGGUGGCUUUUCAAAAGGACCGAGUUGUUCGUCUAGGUGCUUCGAAAGGUGUUGUGGUUGCUCAGAUAAUGUCUCCCGUUUUUGACGGCAGCAUACAUGAAAUAUUUUCUGCGUUGACACAUGGCGCCACAUUGCGAUUGGCGUCGCCUGAUCAUCAGGGAGACCCUUUUUCGCACCUACGGGAUAGCGAUGCCGCCAUCUUGACUCCCUCUAUCGCCAAGGCACUUGAUCCAAACCAGUAUCCUCGGCUGAGAAAUGUCUACCUCGUCGGUGAAGCCGUUCCCCAGUCUCUUUGUGAGACGUGGACUAAGAACCGCUCGCUGUACAACAUGUACGGACCGACCGAAGCGACUUGUGGCGCAACAAUCAAACAACUGUUCCCGAACGAAGCCGUCUCCCUUGGUCGGCCGAACCCGUCGAGCAGAGUGUACAUCCUCGAUCGUAGUCUCAGUCUACUCCCGCCCGGUGCAGUCGGCGAGUUGUAUAUUGCGGGGAUACAAGUAUCGCGUGGAUAUAUCAAGCUUCCGGAGGAGAAUGCGAGUCGCUUCCUAGAGGACUCGAUCAUGCCCGAGACCGGUCAGAAGAUGUAUAGAACUGGCGAUUAUGCUUAUUGGAAUAGCGCUACUGGGGAGAUCUGCAUCCUCGGACGGAAAGACCGGCAGAUAAAGCUGAAUGGAUUCAGGCUAGAUCUCAAUGACCUGGAAGCGCGAGUCGUAAAGGCCAUUCCUGGAUGUGGCAGUGCUGCUAUAUUCCGUCGUGACAAUCAUCUCAUAGCAGCGUACCAAACUACUUCACCUAAUACAUUCAGCGCAUUAGAUGUAAUGGCGCUUGUCAGUAAUGCAUUACCCCCUUAUGCUAUGCCCCGGAGGAUCGUCGCAUUUGACGAGUUCCCUCUUACCGCGGCGGGCAAGCUCGAUUACAAGACGAUUGAGAAAUCCAUCAGCGCGAGUCUUGCAGAUACUAAGAUGGAACCCCAGCCGCAGAAGAGUACUAUGAGCGCGACUGAGAUUAUGGUCGCGGGUACCAUUCGCGACUUGAUGAAGCUCGACCCGAGCGUACCUGUAGGUCAAGGCUCGAAUCUCACGGAGCUUGGCUGCCAUUCUAUCCUGCAGCUACAAUUAGCGAGUCGAAUAUCAUCACUCAUUCAGCGGCACUUUCCGGUACGAAAAGUCAUCGAGAAUCUUGUAGUAUCACGCCUGGCAUCUGCUAUUGAUGAUACACGAAGGGAAGAGAGUGUGGUCGAUGUUGUCAUUUCAGGACAAGGGCAAUCAUCGAGUCUCGCUUCUGACAGUAUAAAAGAAAAGGCUCUUGGAGAAAACGGGGUAUCGCCUAUCGAACGAGAUUGGUUUUUGAAAUACCAGCGAAAUCUUGGGACAUCUUCGUUCAACGUAUCCCAUGUCUCAGAGUUGGACGCGUCCUUUGACCGACAUCAGGCAUUGGUGUCAGCUUGGAAUGUGGUCCUUGCGAGGCAUGAGAUUUUACGCUGCAGAUUUCGUCAAUCAGCAGACGGUAGUGUGGAAAGGUCAUAUGCGGCCGAGCCUCCCAAAGCUAUAUACGUCCAAGAUUUCGAUAUUCGAGCUGCGAUCAACAAGGAAUUCUUACUUGAGACGGAAGACCCCAUCCGAGUACUGGUCUCGAAACGCCACAUGCUGGUUUGCGUAAGCCAUAUCAUAUGCGACUAUACAACUCUCGACCGCCUAUUUGAGGAACUUACGGAGGUAUAUUUCAACGUUGAUAAUAAUGAAUCAGCCCUAGUCUCUCCGAAACGAUACCAGGACACGACCUGUUGGAAUCUCAACGUCGAUAAAGCCACAGCAGAUUUCUGGAAGUCGUACCUAUCCGGCAUCGAUUUUGCAGAAAUGCCACCAUACAUGAGAAAGCCUCGUACCUCGUACCACGGUGAAUCGCUAUUAUUCCGACUCUCAGAAGACACAAUGCCAAGCCUUCAGACAGUCUCGCGAUCGCUACGUCUUACACUACAUCAAAUCGCGCUAGCAGUCGUAUCUAUAAUACUUCAGACCGAUAACCCGACAAAGCAAGACUUGCUUCUCGGCAGCCCUUACCUCGGGCGACAGGAAGAAGAUAUGCGUACCAUUGGACUAUUCCUACAACCGCUCCCGAUUCGUAUCCGGAGACAGUCGGACCAUCAAGACGGGGGUAAUUUCAAGGAAGCCUCUUUGGCCACUUUCCUUGGGGCCGUGCAAGAAUCCUCGCGUUCUGCCCUCGGCCAUGCCAUCGAUUGGAGUUCUCUGAUGGAUAUUCUCGCAUCUUCAGAAGAUGAGAAAUUGCGAGCAGCUGCGGCUACAGAAAUCCCCAAUAAUCCGCUGUUCGACGCCAUGGUCACUUUCCACGAGCUCGACACUACCGGAAAAUCGUCGUCGUCGUCCACUAUUCCCGGGAUCCAGCCGUUGGUGAAUUGGGCCGAGGGCGCCAAGUUUGGCAUCAUGUUUGAAUUCUCAGCCGUCAGCUCGUCGUCGGUGACGCUCCGCGUCGAGUACGACACAUCGCUGUUUUCGUCAGACGAGGUGCGGCUCUUUGUUGCGCGGAUCGAUGCUGGGUUUAAAUAUUUCCGUGAGAGCCCGGAAUCUUUUAAACUUGGACAGUUGGAAGGCAAACUUUUGGAUGUUGGAGUUGGGGGUCUGUCUGGCGGGAUCGAGGAUGUGGAAUUUGGUACCCCUAUUGCGGCUUUGACAUAGGGGUAGUCUACGGGGGUUCAUUAGGCUUAAUUGCUACGGCGUUUGGGGUUACGAUUAGGCCCGUUUUACAGUAGGGACGUGAUACCAUUAUUCAUAUUUUUAGAGUAGAG